CCCGUGCAGACGUCACGCGGGGGUGAAGGCGGUUGGGAGGAGAAGUCGCUCGAGCGGGGAAGUGGCGGCCGUUAGGAAAAUGGCGCCGUGCGGCCCGGGGCAGACCCCCGUCACUGGUCACCGCCGCCUUCCUGGUGCAGCUGCUGUGUCACGGCCACACCGGCCGGCUGUACAGCAGGCAGGAGCCGGUGACCAUUCUGGAGGCGGAUGGGGUUAAGGACCUGCUUGGGAACUGGUCGGCCGCCUGGGUGGUGGAGUUCUACUGGUCGUGGGGCGGCCCCUGUGUCAACUAUGGGGCCACCUGGAAGGUACUGGGCCCGGGAGGUGAAAGGGUCUGAAGAUGGAAGGUUCAAAAUCAACAGAUGAAGGCCUUAUGCCCAAAACGUUGACACUCCUGCUCCUCGGAUGCUGCCUGACCUGCUGUGCUUUUCCAGUGCCGCACUUUCUGACUCUGACUGACUCUCCAGCGUCUGCAGUCCUUACUUUGACGUCCAUGUCUAACAGUCAUUCAAUCCAUCGGGACUGCAACAGUUUGCAACUAUGAUUCUGUGAGAAGGAGCAAAGCUUUUUGGUUCCUGUUUGGGUACGUUUUCAGCAUCAGUGGGACUGGAUGAGAGACCCUACCGUUACAGUGCACUGAGUGAGGAGCGUGUAACAGCUAUAUGGUUUGGAAAGAGGAAUUCACGGUGGAGAGCUCCACAUGCGUUUGUGUGCAGCUGAAGCUUUGGCCAUGGAGAAACCCGAGGAAUCCCGCCCCGUGGAGAAACCAUGGAAGUGUGGCGAUUGUGGGAAAGGCUUGUUUCCCGUCUGCCCUGGAGACUCAUUGGCGCAGUCACACUGUGGUGAUGCCGUUCCACUGCCCUGAUUGCGGGAAGGGCUUCAGCGAUUCCUCCAACCUCCAGACCCACCAGUGGAUCCACAUGGGGGAGAGGCCCUUAAGCUGCCCCGAGUGCGGGAAGGCCUUUACCCAGGCUGCCUCCUUGCUGACCUACCAGCGGGAUCACGUGGCAUUGCAGGAGGAUUGAAAGAAAGACGGCCGAGUGCCUUUACCAACUGGACUAUCAACCCAGUUCCAGUGGCUCCCGAGUUCGAUUCCCACCACGACAGAUGGCGGAAUUGGAAUUUGGUCAGAAAUUUGGAGUUCAGAAUCUAACGGUGAAACUAUUGUCGGUGGGGUGGGGGUGGAAGAAAACCCCCAUCUGAUUCACUCAGUUCUUUUUUUAGGGAAGACUUGAGCAGUUAUCAGAGCAGUCGUCCCAGCUGCAUCCUUUACCCAGUCUGGCCUACACGUGACUCCAGACCCACAAUAGUCUGGUUGACUCUACGCUGCUCAUCCAACUUACUUGGAUACAGGUUGAAAAUACUGAGUGAGGCAAUACUUCCUCCAGGUUAAGGCGAUAUCAAGGAUCUAAUUACAAAGGGACAACUCAGUGGUGACCAAUAAUAAAGAAAGUGAGGGGUUGCACUUUGACCUUGAGCUGUUUUUAAAAAGUUGCUACUUUUUCUACGCCUUUCUGCUGGGAGAUUCUGAAGCUGUAACAAAGUU